GAAGCACAACAAAAAGGCCUGAAGAAGAUGCAAGCCAACAAUGCCAAGGCCAUGAGCGCACGUACUGAGGCUAUCAAGGCCCUGGUCAAGACCAAGGAGGCCAAGCCCACGAUCCCAAAGGGCAGCAGCCGCAAGCUCAGUCGACUUGCCUACAUUGCUCACCCCAAGCUUGGGAAACGUGCUUGCACCCGCAUGGCCAAGGGGCUCCGGCUGUGCCGGCCAAAGGCCAAGGCCCAAACCAAGCCCCAGGCUGCAGAUGUGGCUCAGGCUCUGGCUCGGGCCCCCAAAGGUACUCAGGCCCCCCAAAGUGCCCAGGCCCCUGCAAAGGCUCCGUAGUAGCCUCUGUCCGCUGGCAUGAGGACAGAAGGACUGGUGUGCCCCCCGGGAUGGGGUCCUCCUGUGGUGUCUGUGCAAAUAAACCCGAGGCAGGGUCUGUCC